GGAGCGUAUUGUCAGUUUCCUAACGUUCCUCUUUUCACCCUGUUUGUAGCAGCAAAAUCUGGUGCUGAGUUGUUGAUAGUGCUGCUUAGGCUAUAUGAGACUAUAACUGCGUUAAUUAUUAUCAUUUAUUUGAAAAUUAGUUGGUUAGAAACCUCCAUGCUGUCAGAGAGUAAGAGUAAAGAGUAAGAGAAAGAGUAAACACUGAGAGAGAGAGAGAGAGAGAGAGAGAGUGAGAGAAGGUGUUCAGUCGUCAGGACGCGCUGUCUCGAUGCGGAGUUGGAUCAGGUGUUAAUAUCGAAACAUUUUUCCAUCCCCACGGUGCCGGAAUGAGCUUUUUCGGUUUUGGUCAAAGUGCUGAAAUCGACAUAGUUUUGAAUGACGCUGAAACGCGGAAGAAAGUGGAACACAAGACAGAAGAUGGGAAAAAAGACAAGUACUUCUUAUUCUACGACGGCGAGACGGUUUCUGGCAAAGUCAACAUCACGCUUAAAAACCCGGGGAAGAGACUGGAACAUCAGGGCAUUAAGAUCGAAUUUAUCGGGCAGAUCGAGUUGUACUAUGACAGAGGGAACCAUCAUGAGUUUGUGUCUCUGGUGAAGGACCUGGCUCGGCCGGGUGAGAUGAGCCAGUCUCAGACAUUUGACUUUGAGUUCACGCAUGUGGAGAAACCGUACGAGUCUUACACGGGCCAGAACGUCAAACUCCGCUAUUUUCUAAGAGCGACUGUCAGCAGAAGGCUAAAUGACAUCACUAAAGAGAUGGACAUCGUUGUGCACACACUCAGCACAUAUCCAGAGCUGAACUCCUCUAUUAAGAUGGAAGUUGGGAUUGAGGACUGCCUACACAUUGAGUUUGAGUACAACAAAUCCAAAUACCAUCUCAAAGAUGUGAUAGUUGGAAAAAUCUACUUCCUUCUGGUUCGGAUUAAAAUCAAACAUAUGGAGAUAGACAUCAUUAAGAGGGAGACGACAGGAACUGGGCCCAACGUUUACCAUGAAAAUGACACCAUUGCAAAAUACGAAAUCAUGGAUGGAGCACCAGUCAGAGGUGAAUCAAUCCCGAUCCGACUCUUCUUGGCUGGCUAUGAAAUGACUCCCACAAUGAGAGACAUCAACAAAAAGUUCUCUGUUCGCUAUUACCUCAAUCUGGUGCUCAUUGAUGAAGAGGAGAGACGUUACUUCAAACAACAGGAGAUCACGUUAUGGAGGAAGGGGGACAUUGUGAGGAAGAGCAUGUCUCAUCAAGCUGCCAUCGCCUCGCAGCGCUUUGAGGGCUCUGCUAGUGCAGAGAAGGCCAUCGCCCAGUCCAAGGAGGACAACGACUAAUAACCUGCAAAAGAAGUCUCUUCUCUGAGUGUAAAAUUGUAGGGUUAUGGCUGUCUGAGUGACUGUGACCGUGUGUGUGUGCGCGUGUGUGUGUGUUUUCGAACACACCUGUUUUGAAUGUAUACAUGUGGGGGUGCAGCUAUGGCAUGAUGGUCUUUUCCAUUCCUAAACAUUACAUUCUGUGAUCGAAAAAAAAGCUUGAAAAUAGCAUUUUAAGAAGCAGUGUAAAUGAGGAAAAGUUAAAUGUUUAUUCACAGUUACAGAGUCUCAUUUGCCAAUAUAUUAUCAACAUUUUUCAUCAUUCAUUUGAAUUUCAUUCCACUUCAUUUGAUCCGGCAUUCCAGUCUCUUUUCAUUUUACUUUUUGUUUUUAUGUUUUGAUUUUACAUAUCAUGAUAUCUCCUAUUUAGCAACUGUCCCAGAUAAAAUAUCUUUUAACAUUUAAUUUUCAUAAGAUUUUCAUGCAAUUCGGUCUUUUUUUUAAUGUCAGUCAGUCAAGUCCUGUCAGUUGUGUGCUCCUGUAAGGGUUAAUGUAGCCAUGAGCAGGACCAAACUGAAUUUAAUAGUGACUUUAGAACAUGAGUGCUGGCACAUUGAGGCUGCACGUUCAGUGUUGAAUUCACCCGAGACGCUCAUGAUAUCCUGAGGAUGUUCUUGUUAGACGCCAUUAUUAGAGCCAGUUUUGUAGACAUGCCUCGUCGUCAUUCAGUGUUUCAUAUCGUGCUGUAAAUUUGAUGCCAGAAUUUGUGAGGCUUUAAUGGAAUCAUGUCUUGAUUUUUGUGCCUAAUUUUUUGAUUAUACUGAUUUUCAUUUUCUGCAGUACUGGGAAAUAUGAGCUCUCUUUACUUAACAAACUCGUAACUGUUGACUAACUCUUAGAGAAAUAUUUGACUAUAACAAGUAUAACUUAAUGAGCUGUUUAAAAUAAAAGGUUAUUCAAGUGUUAGUGUGCACAAUAGAUUAGUAUUUCCAUUUGAAGACAGUUACGAAAUAGUAUGGACUUCUUUCCAGUGUAGUACUGUAACUGUUAACAUCUUCAACCUUUAUAAUCAUUCCUUAAUGUGACACUUUGCAAGCAUUUUGAAACAGCAGGGAUAACUUACAUGUCCCAGGUGUGACAGUCGAGACAGUCUUUUGGUCCCGUAUUUCCCUUGUUUUCCGGAAAAAAGGAACUUCGUGUUGAGUAUUAGAUAAUUUACAAGACUAAUUGGCGAUGUGUGAGUGUGUAUGUUUAAAUCUAUGUGUGCUGUUGCCUUAAAAGAAGUGACAUUGGUGUACUUGUUGGCAAAAAUGUUUCAACUGAAGUUCCCAAAUGCCAUCGAAAGCAGUGCUUACUUAAGGUUUUGUGGAAGCUAUGAUUUGGUAAGCCAGCCAUCUACCAGCUGCAGAUGAUUAUUAUUGUUUUCAGAGAACAAGAGGAGAAAAAAUAUCUUUUUAUUUGCUUGCAGUUCUAACUUCCUAAUCCUUUAUCAUUAUAAGAAAAAUGUGCAUUAAACAGCAUUUCACAGUUAUAUAUUAAAUUUAAGUAUGUACAAAAUUUAUUUACAGAUAUGAAAGUAUAUAUAUGUUUUGGAAAUGACUUCUUUAGAAAUCGCUUAUGACAAGCUUUUAAGGUACUCGCAGGAUUAGCGCAAAGGGAAUUUUAAAGAUCUUAUACUGUGCAGUACACAAACUGCUGUCACUGCUCGUAUUUCAUGUUCUGUAAAUGAAAAUGUGUUUUUACUCAGAUUUCCCUGAUUAAAAGAGCCCUCUGAAGUUUUCA